AAGAUGUCUAAUUAGCUUUAGCAAAUGAAAGACGAAGAAGACAAGUUCCGCUGUAUUGUUAUGGUAAACAAGAUGUCAACAAAAAUGCAGACUGCCGUGAAACAAAACUACCAUGCAGAGACUGAAAGCGACAUCAACAAGCUCGUCAAUCUGAAGCUCAGCGCUUCCUACACCUACCUUGCCCUGGGGAUGUAUUUUGACAGGGAUGAUGUCGCAUUGCCACACUUCUCCAGUUUUUUCCUGGAGCGCUCCAUGAAGGAGCGGGAACAGGCUGAGAAGCUGCUGGAAUAUCAGAACACCAGAGGAGGCCGGAUUCUGCUUCAGACAAUCACUAAACCGAGCAGGGAGGACUGGAGAGGCGGUCUGGAUGCGUUGACCUUCUCCCUGGAAUACCAGAAGUCUCUGAACACUUUCAUCGUGGAUGUUCACCGCAGAGCCGACGGCAACAAAGACCCACAUCUGUGCGACUUCCUGGAGCGGGAGUUCCUCGUGGACAGCCAUGACACCAUCAAGAAGCUGGGCGACUACAACGGCAGUCUGACCCGCCUCACCACCUCCGACCCGAACGGCUCCAUGGCAGAUUACCUGUUCGACAGACACACUCUAAAAGAAAAUUAAAAAAAGCAUUAGACAUCUCCAGCUGUCAAUUUCCAAAGAGGUCAAAGCUGCAUUUGUUUCCGUUAAAAAAACAAACUAUUUGCACAUUUAACCCUAAACUCCAUUAUUUCCGUACAAUAGGUCAAAGGUUAACUGGAAUUACCUCAACUUUUCUAAAUGAUAAAUGGAUUGAACUUAAAUAGCUCUUUUCCAGUCAUUUUGACCACUCGAAGCGCUUUACAAUAGAGUCACAUUCACCCAGUCACACUCACAAACACACACACAUUCAUACACCGACACGCAGAUCGGUACGCAAUUUGGGGUCAAGUGCCUUGCCCAGAGGCACAUCGACUUGUGGCAGGAGGAAACUGGAAUCAAACCUACAACCUUCCGAUUGCAGGACUCUACCAUACAGCCACAGUCACACUAAUCUCUAAAAGAACCAGGAGCCUCAACGUUCUGAAGUUGUAGCAAAAGCCAUAAUUUUUGUAAUAAGUUGUUACUGUGAAAUGAAUCAUAUUUGGUCUGUCAUGUCAUCCAUUCCAUGGUUCUCUUUUUCACUUUUUUACCAAAUGCAAACCAUUUCUGAAUCAAGUUGCUGAAAUAUUUCAAGAUCUGGAAAAUUAUCUGAAAUAUUUUAAUAAAUCUAAAUUUGCCAAACCUUUGAAA